AUGUUCAACCGUUUCCGUCGAGCAUCUUCCUCCUCCACUGAGAGCGUACCGACACCUGCUCGCCGCCAUUCUCUCGCCUGUGAACCCGACCAUUCCUGUGAAGGACUCAGCGCUAGCGACAUCAGGCAACUUUGGAGGUGCAUGCUAGAGCUCCAGGAGCGAUAUGGUUGCUACCACUCGGCCAGAAUCGACGUCGCCAUGGAAGCGGGUGAUGAGGGUGUGGAUUACAUGCCCAACCGCUUCAUCAUCGACACCCUGAACAACUCCGUCCUUGAUUCCCUGCCUGAGGAAGGCUGGGAGCUGCUGGACAAAUGCCUGCACCCCGAGUCGUCCCUCAAGAAAUGA